CUUCGAACGGCAAUUUUUAACUCCGAAACAGUGAGAUUGGUUGAAAGAUGGAACCGGAGAUGGAUGCUCUCAAGGUUAAGAUCCUACCUGAGCACCAAUCAUCGCCGUCUUCGACGUACACGGUCACAAAGCCCAAGUCGAAAUCCUUGAUCCUGCUACUCAUAGCUACCGUAGCUGUUACGUUAGGGUUAUUAUAUGUUUUCAGUUCAAAUCCAGUUCUACUCUCCGGAAGUUUGUUUUGCCCGCUCCGGUACAGCGUCCUUAUCGAUGCCGGGAGCUCGGGGACCCGAGUCCAUGUGUUCGCGUACUGGUUUGAUCAGUACGGUGAGCCAGUUUUCGAUUUCGGGGAGAAGCAUUACGCUGAUAUGAAGUUGACUCCUGGUUUGUCAGCGUAUGCUGAUGAUCCCGAGGGAGCAAGCGUGUCAGUGACGAAUCUUGUGGAGUUUGCCAAGACGAGAAUCCCCAAGAUAAAGCUGAGGACGAGUGACAUUAGGUUAAUGGGGACUGCUGGGAUGAGAUUGCUUGAAGCGCCUGUUCAAGAACAGAUUCUUGAUGUUACAAGAAGAGUUCUUAGAUCUUCUGGUUUUAUGUUUCGAGACGAAUGGGCAACUGUUAUUUCUGGAUCUGAUGAAGGUAUAUAUGCUUGGGUUAUCGCGAAUCACGCACUUGGUUCGCUUGGAAGUGAUCCAUUGGAGACAACAGGGAUUGUUGAACUCGGUGGUGCUUCUGCGCAGGCGACAUUUGUGUCAAGUGGGCAUGUGCCACCUGAGUUCUCGCGUACGAUAGCCUACGGAAACGUUUCAUACACAAUCUACAGUCACAGCUUCCUCCACUAUGGGAAGGACACAGCUCUAAAAAGGUUAUUGGAAUCACUUCAAAACUCAGCUGAAAACUCUACAGGGGAUGGAAUAGUUGAAGACCCUUGUACUCCUAGAGGGUACAUCUACGACACAAGUUCACAGAACUAUUCAUCCGGAUUCUUAGCUGAUGAAAGCAAAUUGAAAGGUUCCAUUCAAGCCGCUGGUAAUUUCUCAAAAUGCCGAUCAGCUACCUUUGCACUUCUGCAAGAAGGAAAAGACAACUGUCUAUAUGAGCAUUGUUCUAUUGGAUCAACAUUCACACCUGAUCUUCAAGGAAGCUUUUUGGCUACAUCGAAUUUCUACUACACGGCCAAGUUCUUUGAGUUGGAAGAAAAGGGUUGGUUGUCUGAAUUGAUUCCAGCUGGGACGAAGUAUUGUGGAGAAGAAUGGUCAAAACUGAAAUCGGAAUACCCAACAACUGAAGAAGAGUAUUUGCGUGGGUAUUGCUUCUCAUCGGCAUAUACUAUCUCAAUGCUUCACGAUAGUCUUGGUAUUGCUCUUGAUGAUGAAAGGAUCACGUAUGCAAGUAAAGCAGGAGCAAAACACAUACCACUAGAUUGGGCAUUGGGAGCUUUUAUCCUAGAUACUGUCACACCCACUUCUUAUUAUGGUGGUAAAUCUAGAAAACAUCUUGGCUUCGUUUAAGUAACGUAGCCAAGAUGUAUACAAAAUUAUGAAAAAUCAUAAUUUUGUAUAUAACGUUAAUUAAAUUGGGUUUAAAACAAUGUCGUCCUUCUUAGUUUUAUCUUCUUCCCUUGCGUGGGACUGUCUCCUCUCGUUAGUGCAUUGUAUUAUUGUACGUACUUUUUGUUGGGUUCUUCUCAAUAAUAUUGUUUUUGAAAACA